GACUGCUGAAGUCUGUUACGGAGUGCUCAAGAAAAUUAUCCUCUUCGACAUGGAGAUCACAGAUUCCACUUGUAUGGAGCACCUGGUAAAGGAGCUGAGUUUGCUUCUCAAGCUGCUGGAGAACGAGAGCGUGAGUUCAGCCACGGCAGAGAAGAUGAGUGUGGUCAGAAACUUGGUCAAACAGCUGCAGCCAUCCGUGAAUGGAUCAGACUUCAUAUACAUGAACACGUCUCUCUGUGGAAAUGGUACCAGCUUUGUUGAAUCAUUGUUUGAAGAAUUUGACUGUGACCUGCAGGAUCUCAGGGACUCGCCUGAAGAGAUGAAAGAUGUGGAGCAAGAGGAGGCGUCCAAGCACCCACCCACAAAAUCGAGUCCCACAGACACACCCCCUCCCCUCCCUACCACACCUCCUCCUGAUGAUUACUAUGAAGAAGCCGUCCCGCUUGGACCGGGCACAGCACCCCAGUAUAUAACUACUCGCAACAACUCCAGCCCUCCAAACUCAAUAGAGGAUGCUUAUUAUGAAGACGCUGACAACAAUUACCCAACUACUCGUCUAAACGGGGCCAGCAAAAACUCCUACAAUGAUUCAGAUGCACUCAGCAGUUCUUAUGAAUCCUACGAUGAAGAGGAUGAGGAAACUAAAGGCAGAGAGAGGACGCACCAAUGGCCCUCAGAGGAGAGUCCAGUCGGUCAAAUGAAAGACUGUCGCAAAUGCGCCUUCCUGCUUCGCAAGAAACGCUUCGGUCAAUGGGCUAAGCAGCUAACAAUCAUUCGUGAGAACAGACUUCAGUGCUUCAAGAAUCCCAAAGAUCGCUCUCCACACGUUGACCUCCCCCUGAAUCUCUGCAAUGUCAUCUAUGUGCCUAAAGAUGGACGCCGCAAGAAGCAUGAGCUUCGUUUCUCCAUGCUGGGAGGAGAGGCACUAGUGCUGGCUGUACAGAGCAAAGAACAGGCCGAGAGCUGGCUCAAGUGUUGGAAGGAGCGCUGGUGUUGUGUGAGGAAUGGGACUCUGUAUCUCCAUAAGGACAGAGGGGACAUUCACACCCAUGUGAGUGCUUUAGCCCUCCAUGGUGUAGAAGUCUUACCCGGUUUUGGACCCAAACAUCCUUUUGCCUUCCGCAUCAUGCGAGCGAGCAAAGAAGUGGCCGCCCUGGAGGCGAGCUGUUCUGUGGAGAUGGGCCGCUGGCUGGGGGUUUUGUUAGCUGAAGCAGGCAGCGCUACCACCCCUGAGGCAUUGCAUUAUGACUAUGUGGAUGUGGACACCAUCUGCAGCAUCCAGAACGCAGCACGACACUCUUUUCUGUGGGCGACCUCCUCUAGCAGCACCUCCACAGAUCCACGGACUUAUGAUGAAGUACCUUACGAAAGUGUGUUGCAGGUAGAUGACAAUCAGUCUAAACUGAAGCGUUAUUCCUCUAUGUCCAGUGUGGAUACAGCCAAGGGUGACACACAGAUCACAGUGAAGCGACACGGUUCCUCUGUGAAUCACUACGGUAAAUAUGGAAAGACGAGGGCAGAAGAAGAUGCACGACGGUGUCUCAAUGAGAAAGAGCAGCUCGAGAAAGAAAAAGAAGUAAUCAAGAAGAACCUGUUGUCACUGCGCUCAGAAAAGAGGGUGGUGAAGGAAGAGCUGAAAAAGGCGACUGAUAAACAGCAGAAAGCCAUGGAGCAGCAUCUGGCCCAGCUGGAGGAAAGCUGCCGGCAGAAGGAAGCUGAGCGAGUGGACCUGGAGCUACGACUUACGGAGGUGAAGGAUAAACUGAAAAAGUCUCUUACUGGAGGAAUGCUGGGGGCGCCUGUGGAAAGCAAACCCACCAUUAAGGUUCCAGUUAAAAAAAAGGAAGGUAUUUACAAAGGUGCCAUUGUGCCGGUCAACUGUGCAUCUGAAAUGAAGAAACGCCCCCCUUCCAUCUAUGCAUCCACCAAAGGAAAUGUCAUGCAGAAAGCCAAGGAAUGGGAGUCAAAGAAAGUGAUGUAAUUAUAGCACUGUCAUCAGGAGAGUCUGAGGAUCUGUUUAAGAUGGAGUGUUAAAGGAAUAGUUUACCCAAAAAUAAAAAUAUGCUAAACAUUUACUCACCCUCAGACCA